ACUCAGUCUUCGACGGCUGGUUAAAGCGAGUUGUUCAUUGCGUACCCCAAACUGGGAACGGAAAACACCGUCGGCAACGGCAUCGGCAAUCCUCAUUCUCUCUGUGUAAAGGCAUAGAAGGAACAUUAUUUCUGAAGCUGAAGCUGGCACGCGAUUCGCUUAUCAGAAAAGUCAGCCAAGCACACACAUCAAGUGAAAGUUCUGUGCGUGUGUGUGUGUUUGUGUCUCUUGUCAGUGUGCGACAUUUUAUAACAUUUUGAAUGUGAAACAAAUGAAUCAAUUAAGGCAAACCAAAACGACCGAAACCAAAUACUAAAAUAAAUUGAUAUGCUAUAUGAGAAAUUGUGAAUAAAAGUUCUCGCUCUCUCUCUGUCGACCACAAGUGAAUACAAAGAGGCAAUAAAUAUGUAUGGUUUUGUUAACUAUGCCUUGGAGCUGCUUGUGCUCAAGCAUUUUGGCGAGGAACUGUGGGAGAAAAUCAAGAAAAAGGCCAUGGUCAGCAUGGAGGGGCAGUUUUUGGUGCGACAAAUUUAUGACGAUGAAAUAACAUACAAUUUAAUUGGAGCAGCUGUGGAAAUACUGAAUAUACCAGCCGAUGAUAUUUUAGAGCUGUUUGGCAAAACAUUCUUUGAAUUCUGUCAGGAUUCGGGAUAUGAUAAGAUUCUGCAAGUACUUGGCGCCACACCUCGUGACUUUUUGCAGAAUCUCGAUGCCUUGCACGACCAUCUGGGCACCCUGUAUCCUGGAAUGCGAGCUCCCUCAUUUCGAUGCACAGAACAAGAUGGUGAACUGUUGCUCCAUUAUUACUCCGAACGUCCUGGACUCGAGCACAUUGUCAUUGGAAUCGUGAAGGCUGUUGCAUCGAAACUGCAUGGAGUUGAGGUGGAAAUCGACAUUGUCAAGCGGAAAGGUGAACCAAUCGAUGAGGCGGAGAAACAACGGGCUUUGGCUCGCGAACAGCUACAGCAGCAAUUGGAUACCACAAAUGAGGUGACAGCUCCCCGGGACAAUGCCGCUGGACCAGAUGCCGAGCGGAAUAAUAAUCAGAAUGCCAACAACAGUAUCAACGUGGCCAGCAAUAGCAGUAACAUCAAUAACAACAACGAUGGCCAACAGAGUAGUGUCCAGUGUGAGGCAGAGUCCUCUUCAGGCUUACCUCUACCACAGGAUAGCUUUGACUGUGAUGGGGAUAAAGAACAGAAAUGUUUGCGCCUGCUGAAAAACAAGAGCGAUGACAUCGAACGCUAUGACCAUGUGCAAUUCCUGAUACGUGAAAUCAAUGUGGCGGCCAAAACGCAAGCGGAUGCCAAAAAGGACGAAGUGGCAGCCGCCGGCAACGAUGACAUGGAUUUCCUAUGCGAAGCUCCUCUAAUAUCACCUGCCACAUUUUGCAAGGUUUUCCCCUUCCAUCUAAUGUUUGAUAGACAAAUGAAAAUUGUGCAGGCAGGCAAGGCGGUUUCACGUGUAAUACCCAGGGUGGCCGAGGAGAACUGUUCGUUAAUAGAAGUGGUUGAGGCUAUUCGACCCCAUCUGCAGCUAACAUUCGAGAACAUUCUGUCCCACAUAAACACCAUCUAUGUCCUGCAGACGCGACAGGGAGCCAUGAGUAGCCGGCACGAGCAACGCUUUCUCAGACUGAAGGGCCAAAUGAUGUAUAUACCAGAAUCGGAACACUAUCCAGAUCGUAUACUGUUUCAAUGUUAUCCAAGUGUUAUGAAUUUAGAUGAUCUAACCAAAAAGGGACUAUACAUUUCCGAUGUUCCAUUGCACGAUGCGGCCAGAGAUUUGGUUUUGCUCUCUGAGAAAUUUGAGGCGGAGUACAAACUGACCAAGAAUCUGGAAAUGCUGACGGAUAAGCUGCAGCAAACAUUUCGUGAUCUGGAGAGUGAGAAACAGAAAACGGACAGGCUCCUCUACUCGGUGCUGCCCAAGUCAGUGGCGAAUGAGUUACGACAUCAGCGUCCAGUGCCACCCAAGCGCUACGAUUUCGUGACGUUGAUGUUCUCUGGCAUAGUGGGCUUUGGCCAAUAUUGUGCCGCCAACACAGAUCCCGAUGGGGCCAUGAAAAUUGUUAAAAUGCUUAACGAGCUCUACACAGUCUUCGAUGCCCUUACCGAUUCCAAGCGCAACUUGAAUGUUUAUAAGGUUGAAACAGUCGGUGAUAAGUACAUGGCCGUUUCGGGUCUGCCUGACCCCUGUGAGGACCAUGCAAAGUGCAUUGCUCGCGUUGCCCUGGACAUGAUGGAUAUGGCAAAGAAUGUGAAAAUGGGCUCCAAUCCUGUGCAAAUCACCAUUGGCAUUCAUUCGGGCGAAGUGGUGACAGGCGUCAUCGGCAAUCGAGUGCCACGUUAUUGUCUCUUUGGCAAUACCGUUAACCUAACUAGCCGCACCGAGACGACCGGUGUGCCCGGCCGUAUUAAUGUCAGCGCGGACACUUAUCGACUACUAUGCCAGGAGAUCAAUCAGGAUGACUCGUUUCAUCUGGAAUAUCGAGGCCCCGUUAUCAUGAAGGGCAAGCCAACGCCUAUGGAUUGUUGGUUCUUAACUCGUGCCAGCAGCACAAUUGCAAGUGGAAGCGGAAGUGCAAGCAUGGCUACAACCAGCGGCAAUGGCAGCUUGGAUUCGCCAACGGCCAUGCCCAGCCAGCGAAUGACUCAUGCAAGUGUCUCACGUACUUCAUCCGGAGCAGGAGCCGGAGCAGGAGCAGCAGCAGGCGCAGGAGUAGGAGCUGGUGCUGGAAGUAGUGGUUCUGCCGGGGGAGCAACGACAACUGCAGUUCCAAGAGAUACAUAGGAAUCGUGCAAGGAUUCGUCUUGCUGCUGCUGAAAUAUCCUGUAAAUUUGCUACGUGCGUGCUUCUGUCCUGUUUGUCCUGUCUCAUGUCGUCCUUUUCAUACAAGUCGGCCACUUAACCACUUCAUUCCUCUGGCUUUGCAUUUGUCCUGCAGUUGCCUGCCUGCCUGCCCUCUGCCUCUCUGCCUCCUCGUCCUGUGCGUUCUGUGCAUGAGUGUGCGUUUGUUGCCACUGACACGUUGCGGUCGAUGUCGACUUCGAAGGAGCCCAAGGAUCAUUGUGCAAGGUAAUUUAUGUUAAUGCUCUCCUCUAUCUGUAACUACUCAGUAUAGAUGCCCGAUGCCACUUAGCCAAGUCAUUUUACAAGUGAUUUACAUUUCGUUAGCAAUUACUUCUGCUUAAUGCUGGCCUACCUACAUAAUUUAUUACAUAUUAACUGCUUCAGCUUCAGUAGGCCAAGUUCGUUUAUCUGUUCGCAAAAGUUUAAAGUAUACCAAGUUAAAUGCUAC